CGACUAUUCCUCCGCUUUGUCCAUCGAUUCUUCUUUCGCCUUAUUCUGAAACUCAUCUCUUGCCUCAUUCCUCAUGAGCACCUCACCUUCGAACCAGCAAGCUUCCAAAAAUCAGGCCACAAGGCAGACACAAAAACGUCGAGCAGCAAAGCGCCAGAUCUCAGAGGAUGUAGAAAAAGAGGAAGAAGGAGGAGAGGAAAUACUUGUGAGGCGGCGCCGUCGUCUUCACGCCGCUCAAGAAGGUCGAGGCAUGAUUUCCCUAGAUCAGUUGAUUGAAGCUGAGGAAGACCUGGAGGGAAGUCCGGUUGCUGAAGAAGAUUCAGAGGGUGAAGAGCCACAAGUCGAUAAACGAACCAGAGACCAUGGAAACAAUUAUUUGGCUUCAACGAUAGACGAGUUAGUAUGUUCGCCAGAACUUUUACAGGAAAAGAGAAAUAUAGAUUGUGGCAGCGUAGAUGAAGCCAUUGCUCGCUUCCAGGAGAACCAGCUUCUUACCAACAAGCUCAGGCUGGAAGAGUCGAGACUGAAGCCAAACAGCCAGAAGAGCUAUAGAACAUAUUUAGGCUUUUGGAAGGCUUGGUGCGACGCGAAAUACGCGUGGGAAAUGGGACGGCGCUACGAUAUAUGCGAACUCAAGGCGCUUAGGUUCUUCUCUGAGUUCAUGUUUAAAAGGGAGACCAAGAAAUCCUUCUAUGCGAACCAGAGGAAGGACGUCAUUACUCCUUACAGAAUUGAAGCUGGAUCGGAAGGUCGAACGAUCGAUUUGAGUGAAGUCCUCGAGGUCGUUCCAGUGGACACAAAAGGAAGGAGAAUGCUCACGAUCCCUUGUGGCUCUGGCAGUAAUGAGCAAGCGCUCAAGGCGAUUAUCCAUCUGCAGAAGUGACUGGCUUGCCGCAAAGUACUCCCUGUAACUGAGAGAAGUGUUCGAGAGAGCGGGACCAUUGCCAACGCCCUCGAAGAGUACUGAGGUGUAGUAAAUGAGAAUCAGUUGGUUGUUCUUGCAAAGUUAAUAUUAGAUCACGGGGAAGAGCAUCGCCCCCAGAAUAAAAGAAUAAACGGUC